UCCAGGCUGCACCAACUGUACUUGCGGCGCGGACGUACGAGAACAAUCUAAUCGCGCGUGUAUCUAAUAAUAAUAUCGAUCCUCGAUCGAUCUCAUCCAAUUCCCAGGGACUUUAGCGUCUGUUUACGUUUGUUGUUGGGGGUCAUCUUCUGGCAGAUGCAAUUGGCGUGGAUCUCAGUGUCUUUUCCCAGUGGAACACAUGAUUUAAGUUUGGGGUUUGCGAUCUUGCCAUCAGUCCAUGUACAUUUUUGUAUCCUCCAGUUAUGCUGCAUCAACCUUCUACUCAUCACAUAACUUUGGUGCUGUCCAUUGCAGCUUCCGGAAUAUGAUAAUCAAGGAAUUCAGGAGUCUGUCAGGGCAAAGUACAAAUAAGUUGUACCUGACUUUGUAGAUAGAUUUCAACAGUAUGAAUUCAGUGAUACAUAAAUGAGAAACACUUGGUGGUAAAUUUCCAAAGGGUUCAGUGCCAAUGUUCUCCAACUGGUGCUGUUGAGUACAUGAAUAAUGGAUGAGGCGGACAGUUAUAGCUUGCCUAAGAGUUUUGGCCAAGUGGGAUGUAUCACAUCUAGAGACAAUGGAGAGCAAGGAAUUUGGACAGGGAAGCAUAACACUGAAGAUGUCUUUCAGAAUGACGUUAUGCAGAAGGAUCACUGGUUGGCAUCUUCCCACCCAUCAGCUCAAGAACCAAGGGAGGACAGGCGUGAACAUGGAACAUCUCUGGAUGAGAGUGCAUCCCUCAGUAAGAUGAUUUGUAAGGGCAUGAAUGGCCAUGAAGGAUUGUCCCUCACUCCCGAAGCUGACAAUCAAGGCAAUGGAUCUUUCCUUUCAGAUUUAUACCGAUCCUGGGAACCUCGGAAGGAUAUAAACAAUCUUCCACUUGGCAUUGGUUGUCAGCAUGCAAUGGAAUCUGUUACAGAUGAUAAAAUUGACCUUGAUGUAAUAGAAAAAAGCCCAUCUGGUUUUACAAGAUGUCUCCAAGGAAACAGUAACCCUGACAAUAUGCCAAGGGGAGGGUUCGAUGAGCCUGACCAAGGCCAAGUCAUGCCAGCCUUCAGCUUGACGGGAGAUCGCUCUGAAUAUCCACAACAGCUCCCUAAUAAUCAGUAUUAUCCUGAGCCAGGGGAUGACCUGCCAAAGUCUCCAUCAAACACAACAGUAUCAAAGUCAUCACAGCCAUCAAGUGGUUGUCUGAAAGCAGACAUCAGAGACACAAAUGUAGCAUCCAGAAACGAUGACAUUCCAGCCUGUCGUGCAAUAAGUGUUGCAACCACACAGGGUCAGCAGCCAAACAGUAAUCCAUCCACAGAAUCUAAGACAUCAGAAGAAGUUGCAAAGAGAAAGAUGUAUCUGGAAGAGACGGGGAAAGAAGAUCCUAACAUGAACAGCAUGAUAAAGAAGCAGAAGAUGUCUCCCACCGUCCAAUCAGAUGUGCAAUACAGUCACAAUGUCUUGUCAAUGCCCAAAGAGUACAAAGUAUCUGGCACCGGCAACUAUUUAUUUGACUCUCCAAGCAACUGCACAUUCCAUCUGUAUCAGAACCAAUCUAGCCAUCAGUCACAAAAGCAACAUGCAUUCGAGUGGGCUAAUCUGACCACACAAACUGACAGCGGCCAUGAUACAGCAUGUCAAAAGAUGAUGCCCAAGGACUCCUUAGAAACCGUUGCUAAGUUGAUUGCUCAGACUACCAACUGGAAGACGUUUGCUCGUCGCCUACCCAUGUCCGAGGAUGGUAACCUGGAGAUGGACAUCAAGACACUGGAGGAAUGUGAGGGAACAACGAGCGACAAAACAACCGCGGUGCUGAUGAGAUGGUGGAGUAGACAUCCAGAGCAGAGUGAUGCUACCAUCAUGAAAGCAAGACUCAAGGAAGGUUUGGAGUUUUGCUCACUCAUCAGGUUGUCUCGUACUCUUGACAAAUAUCUUUAAGUUAUCUCUCUCUCUCAUAGCAUUGAACUGAAAAUGGAAUCACUCUUAACCAUGUAGUGAACCCAAAUGCAAUUAAAGGAGUUGAAAUUUUUAGCAAAACAAUGAUUUGGAAAACCCAAACGAUGAAAAUACAGAAUGUUGGACCACAAGUUUUUGUUUUUGAAAUGAUUGUUUUGUAAAUACAAUCCAUAAAAGCAUUCCAAACUUUUGCAAAGGAACAUAACAAUCUAAUCAAUUUACUAUUUAGUAAUAACGCUUUGAGUGUCAUUUGUGUAUGUGCAUUUUACAAGCAGCCACUUCCCCGCUUCCAGACACUGUGUACUUUGAAUUGAAAACAUCCGAAAAGUCCAGGAUAUCCUUGCAACCAAAUCUGGCAAUGACACACGGUGGCAGAUAUCCUGAUUAUGAGAUUACUUGUAUCACAAGCAUCAUGGCUUUACCAGUGGGACUAACCGGUAGCAUGGCUUUACCAGUGGGACUUACCAGUAUCAGGUGUACUUACAGUGUUGCCAAGUACAUGUAUCUGUAACCUGUCAUGAGCCAAUUUCUUGAAACAGCCUUUGUAUUCAGUCGUACCCUCACUGCCACAACCUUAGGGUUUUUAGUAAAUUUUGUUGAAGUUCAUUUUGACUUUUAACAUAACAGCUAUACACGUAGUUACUGAUGCCAUUGGUAUAAAUUUCUUACCAAAUAUCAAUGGUAGAUGUAUUGGUUAGUAGGCAAUCCCUGCAUUUAGGGGACAAUUUCUUAUGUUAUGACCUUGCUUUUUGAAAUACCAAGUCAGCUUAGUGAAAGCUAUGAGGUUGGUUAAAAGUGAAACCAGAAAUUUGUAUUCAUUUUUUAAAGUUAUUACAGUACUUUACCCUGUUAAAUGUGCACACUACUUUUAUCAAUAAAUUUCCGGAGGGGGAGGGGGGGUUAAAGUAUGAUGAACCUUCCUGAACCCUCCAAAACCCAACAAUUAAAAAACCUGGUUAAUUCUUUCUUGUGAAGCAAGUUUGGACACAGAGCCACAUGUUAUGCAAUAUAACAUGGCAUGGGUUGUGAAGUAGAGGAUUUAUCAACCUGUUGCUAACUGAGAAGGUUGGAUUUGCCAGCAGAUUCAGGUUGAAGGAUAUGACAUACUCUAUGAACAUCUAAGAAAAGAAACCCACAAGCACACUAACAAUGAGCAUCCGAGUUCUUCUUUUGUUAGGUGUUAACAGUGAGAGAUUCAAAGAAUAUCAUCUGUUCAUAUAGAUUCUUUUCCUGAGGUUUUGCUUUGUGGUUAAAACAUUGAGGGAAAGUAGGAGUUACUCCUGCCAAAUGUUGUAUAAUUGUGUCCGUGCCUAGGUACUUUAAGAAUGUAUGUGGAAUAUUUUUUUUAACAUGUACACUUUCUUACGGAGCUUUGAAUAUGCCAACACCCUUGGCUCCAAAAGUAAACAUGUAAACAAAACAUAGCAUUGGAUCAUGGGCGUAUUAGUAUUUGAUAGUUUCCAUGCUGAAUUUUUAAAAGAAAUUUACCAUGAGGAAACUGGCAUUUCAGACACAUUUUUUUCCACUGUUUGCACAUAAGAAGGAAAUCGCUUUUGAAAUUAACUGUAAUGUUGUUGAACUUGUAAAUAGAGACAAUUGUCAAACUACCUGUAAAUAAUUAAAAAGUACCUGUAAUGUACAAACAUACAUGUAGAUUGUUCAGUAUUGUAUACGUAUACACACUGUGUGCUGGCACUCAGUGUUUUAAACGUUUUUAAUUUCGAUUUUCAGGAUCUACAACGUACGUUUCAGUAGCUGUGAUGUACAGAGUUUGCAUUUUUCCCAGUAGACAUUCCAAGUUAUCAAACCAUUUUAGCAUUUUAUUUUGGGGUGUGUUUUGGCUGUUAUGACAAACACGUGGUUUAGUUGUUUCUUGUUCAAUUUCUUUGCCAAUUUUGAUUGGGUAAGAAUUUUGAAUAAUAAUGUUAAACCAAAAUCUCCAUAUUGAUCAGCCAAUGAGAAACAACUUAACCUGUUUAUGACUACUGAAAAGGUGCACCUCUAUUGUGACAAGUAUGUUUGUACUGGUAUUAAAAGAAUGAAUAUACAUGUAGGGUACAUAAUACAUGAACAUUCCAAGAAGUAGGCCCGUCUCAUAGUGACAAAGGCACCUGUGGCUGAAUGUGUUCCUUCUUUGCAAAGAAUGGAAGUGAGGCUAGACUUGCAAAGUACAGACCCUUUGAUAUUAUUAUGUUGUUUGCUAGUGAAGCCGCUUUUUAAUUACUUGUAGCAAUCAUUCAGUGGGUACAUUCCAUUAUCUUCCAUGAGUUGACUUGAGUUUGACGUCAUCCCCACCGUCUUGCUUGUUGGACACCGCACAUAAGGCCAUCCCAAGAUCAGGGUUGCCCUGUGUAAGGUAAUGGAAUGCACCUGCUUGGUCUAUGAAGUAUGGUCCCCUGAAUCACGCUGUGUCAUCAGAAUCAUCAGGAAUGAGCUUGUGGCUCCAGCCUCCCUGGCAAGGUCGGGCCAUUUCUAGAAAUACUGUGAGUUUGUGAACACUGUUCAUAGUGUUCAAUCACAGAACUUUCAACCAGCUGCGGUCAAGGAAUUUGGUGUUCAGUGUUUUCAGUACUAUUCCUUUAGUCUUGCCAAUGGUAGAAUGCAUAGGUAUACAUACAUGUACUUAUGGUAACUAUGCUCAGCUUUAGCUGCCAAAUGUGGGCACGCAAAAUAGAUAGUAAAACAAGAAGAGAUGAGGCCUAUUACACCACGUAGUGGUUUUUUUCAUAAUUUUUUGCAAUUUGGUUAUGUCUAUAACAUUUCAUAUUAGCCAUUACUGUGAAGUGUCUCUAAAACACUUCAGUAGAUGGGAAUGGCUGAGCUCUGGAAACAGUAAAUAGUGAAAACAUUUUCAAAAUUUACACUCAGUGUUAUUUUUCUAUCAGAACAGUACAUGUACACGUUUGGAAUGUGAUAGUGACUGCAAUUUGUCAUAGGCUGGAUUUCACAAGACUUCUGAAGAAAGUCAGUUGAUGAUUCUUUGAAACUGUAAACACAAUGACAUACAUGUACAUUCAGAACAUGAAUGGCAAUAUGUGAGUAAGUAGAUGCAAGAUUUCCUGUAGCUUAAAACCAUGAUAGUAAUAGAGCCAAAUCGUACAAUUCCAUAAUGAUUUUACACACACCCCAAGGAGUUAGGGUUAAAAUGUUCCAGCCUAAAGCAAGUUUGAACAUUUAGCGGGCACAAUCGGUCGAUUGAAAGCGAGAUGGUUUGGCUACUCUCUUCCACUGUUUGAGACCACGUGUUGAUCCUUGUUAGCCUUAUUUGUUGGUAAACACCAAAGGAACUUGGAAAUAAUUGCAAGCUUUUGGCAGUCAUGGUCGAGAAUAACAGGAACAUGAUGGAAGAAUAUGAGUGAUGGGCUUUUGCUAUAUUAAUAGUUUGACUAGUGAGUUGUUCACACGUCUUGCAUUGUGUGCUUGCAUUUUUAACGGGUGGAAGAACGGGUGGGUAGGCAUUCACCAUGUUCAGUGGACAAGGUCUUGUUAGGGAAAUUUGAACCGAGUUGUGGGAACAUUUCCGAGUCUCCACGUUUUCUGUCCCCACAAAAUUGGUGAAAUGUCCACUGUAUGUCCCCACAACAGUGAGGGAAGUGGGUGUGCUUGCACUUCUUGAACUUUUAUCAAUUAACAAAAGUGCCACAUUAGAGUAGCAUGGCUUAUGUUCUUUGACAGUGAGGUGGAGGGUGUGCCAAUUCGUUGUUGAUAUUGAUGCAUUGUGGGUAAACCUUUCAAAAUUGAAACACAAUGCCUGAAUAAAAGAAAGGAAAUGUGUGCUAAUGAGCUGAAUUUAAUGUAUCUGUUGGACAUGUAUUUAAGUGGGAAGAGUGGUUGACACAUUGGAAUUAGUCACUGCCACUUUAAAAUUCUAAGCCCGGGUACUGAUAGGAUUUUUCAUACCAAGAUGUAUAAAUUUCUUUUAGAUAAAAACGUGUGGUCUUGGGUGUAAACCUUGCAUCUUUUCAGAUGUCUUGACAAUGCUUUGCCGAUGUUAGGGUUGAAUUGUUAAAUUCUUAGAGCUGUUGGUCAUUACCAAGCAAUACCUGAAAUGCGUAUUUCAAUCAGCCAAAGUAUUCCAAGCCCCUUGUAUUCUGUAGUUUUUACAAGAUUUCCACAUUUGAGAAUUGUUUGACAAAUUGUACAGAUUAAGAUUGAUAUUAUUGCUUGAAGUGAUUGAAAUAAAAUUGGAUUUGAAUUGGCCUUUUUUUGUCAAAAGGAAAUAAACUUA